AUGGCGGAGCGACUCGAGCUUCUCCUCAAGUCAUCGCCGCACCUUGCACUCCUCAUCAAAGCCCUCCACAUCAACUCCCACUGGGUUACUGAAUGGCUCAAAGAAGACGAGUCUUUGCCAUUCAUUCUUCCGCUCCUCGUCAAUCUAGAACGUUUUUAUAUCUCAAACAGUGAGAGGAACUCGACUUAUAUCUUCCUACCACACCUCCCAAAACCUGUACAGGAAGCAUUGUUCGCUACCUGGCGGUCACCAAAAUUGACACACAUUGCGAUGGCGGGUAUCCGUUUCGUAUCGUUCAAGGAUGUCCUCUCGGUUAUCUCCCAAUCUAGUCACUCGGUCCGGAACAUCGCGCUCUGCAUGGUCGAUGGCGAUGACAUGGAAUCUGAUGGAGAGGUCAAUGCCAAUCGCGAUAGUGGCAUCAAUGGCCAAUCAGUCAUUCCAGGUCCAUCUAGUACUCGCAAUACUGAGUCCUUGACAUUUAAUCCAUGUAAGGACGAACAUUCCGCACAAUUUUAUACAUGGCUGCUCAAUCCCGAGGCAAAAUUUUCGUGGUCUUCGCUGCACAAGUUACACUUCUACAUCGGUGGAGAAUUCACAUUUGAGGAAGAUCUCGCUCUCUUCCGUCGCAUUCUCACAGUGAGCCCUUCAAUCGAAGAACUGCAUGUUGUAACACAUGACGUGUUUGGGGAUACCUGGACAGACUCUGGUCCUCACAAGCCAGUUGACAUUUCAUCCAUUCAGGUUCUUCAUUUGGUAGUUGACUUGAUCGAAUCAGAUCUUCCGAUCCUGGAUUGGUGGUGUGACAACCUCACCUCAGUCCCAUCCCUAGCUCUGAAAGAUAUCGAGAUAUACAUGUUUGUCUCAGUCCCCCCUCCUCCUGAAACUCCACUGGAUUUAAUACCAGAAUGGAAGCAUCUGGACAAAAUACUGACCUCCAUGGACCAGGAUAUUAACUUGAAGAUCGGACUACUCCCACGGAACGCUGGCAAUUUCUACAUUGUUCCAGAGGAUUUAAAUCUCUGUUUUCCGAGAUUGAGGGACAAAGGCAGAUUGGAGAUUAAUUGUGUGUAUGAAGCUGAAAGAUGUAGACAGGUUGAAGGCCAAUACUGGGUAUGA